AUGAAGGGCGCCUCGUUUCUCAGUAUCGCCUUGGGCGUGCUCUCGCUCGGGCCGCUGGCGGUUGUCGCCCAGCUGAGCGGGAGUGUUGGGCCGACGACGUCGACAAGCGCCAAGCGGUCCAAGAAGGUCUGCAACGUGCUCGACUACGGCGCGAAGGCGGACAAGCGCACCGACGUUGGCCCGGCGCUUACCAAGGCGUGGGCGGCAUGUGCUUCCGGCGGCAUUGUCUACGUUCCCGCGGGCGACUACGCCAUGGCCACAUGGGUGACGCUGAAUCACGGCUCUGGGGUCGGCAUCCAGCUGGACGGCAUCAUCUACCGCACGGGCACCGCCGGAGGGAACAUGAUCGUCGUCGAGAACUCCAAUGACGUCGAGUUCUUCUCGAGCAACGGCAAGGGUGCCAUGCAAGGCUACGGCUACGAGAUCCACAAGUCCGGAAGCCUCUCAGGCUGCCGCUUGCUCCGGUUCGUCAAGACUCAGGACUUCUCAAUCCAUGACCUGGCCUUCGUGGACGCGCCCGCGUUCCACGUCUUCCUGGACCAAUGCACCAACGGCGAGGUGUACAACCUCGCGAUCCGCGGCGGCGACCACGGCGGUCUGGACGGCCUGGACGUGGUCGGCACCAACAUCCAUGUGCACGACGUCAUGGUCACGAACAGGGACGAGUGCGUGACGGUCAAGUCGCCGUCAUCGAACCUCCUGAUCGAGCAGAUCUACUGCAACUGGUCGGGCGGGUGCGCGAUCGGGUCGCUCGGGGCCGACACGGCCAUCUCCAACGUGGUGUACUCCAAGGUGUACUCGGUCAACUGCAACCAGAUGAUGAUGAUCAAGUCCAACGGGGGCAGCGGCACGGUGCAGAACGUCAAGUUCGACAGCUUCAUCGGGCACAACAACGCGUACUCGCUCAACGUCGACCAGGCCUGGUCGUCGAUGAGCAAGGCGGCCGGCAACGGCGUGCAGCUCAAGAACAUCACCUUCUCCAACUGGAAGGGCGACUGCGCCGACGGCAAGCGGCGCGGGCCGAUCCAGUUCAAGUGCAGCGCCGACGUGCCCUGCACCGGCAUGACCGUGUCCGACUUCGCCAUGUGGACCAACGCGGGCGCCGAGGUCGACUACAUCUGCCAGAACGCCUACGGCUCCGGCGCGUGUCUCAAGGCGGGCUCGGGCGGCGCCUACUCGACCACCACCAAGGUCACGUCGGCGCCGUCCGGCUGGCAGGCCCCCAAGAUGUCCACCGACGUGACCACCAGCUUCGGCUUCACCAGCGAGAUCCCCAUCCCCGCGAUCCCCUCGACCUUCUACCCGGGCACGUCGCCGCUGAAGGCGCUGGCGAAGUGA